AAAGCAGGAGUAGACCCUGCACCAUGGCAGAGAAGUGUGAUUACAUUGCAAGCGUCUACGGUUAUGAUCUGGGUUGCCGAUUCGUCAACUUCAGGCCGUUGGGCUUCGGUGUGAACGGGCUGGUUCUGUCUGCCGUCGACAGCAAGAGCUGCUGCAAAGUCGCCGUGAAAAAGAUCGCCAUCAACGAUGCGCAGAGCCUGAAGCAUGCUUUCCGGGAGAUCAAGAUCAUCCGCCGACUGGACCACGACAACAUUGUGAAGGUCUACGACGUCUUGGGGCCCAAAGGGGCGGACCUCCAAGGAGACUUGUUCAAAUUCAACAUGGUGUACAUCAUCCAGGAAUACAUGGAGACCGACUUGGCCCGCCUGCUGGAGCAAGGGCCACUUUCAGAAGAACACGCCAAACUUUUUAUGUACCAGCUGCUCCGGGGCCUGAAAUACAUCCAUUCAGCCAACGUCUUACAUAGGGAUUUAAAACCAGCCAACAUAUUCAUCAAUACGAAUGAUCUGGUGUUAAAGAUUGGUGACUUUGGAUUGGCCCGAGUUGUGGACCAACAUUAUUCACACAAGGGUUACCUGUCCGAAGGCCUGGUGACCAAAUGGUAUCGAUCUCCCCGCUUGCUCCUUUCGCCCAACAACUACACCAAAGCUAUUGACAUGUGGGCAGCUGGCUGCAUCCUGGCAGAGAUGCUUACGGGAAAGAUGCUUUUUGCUGGUAAGUCUCCAACUUUUUUAUCAAUAUGCUUGUUUCCCCAAUGGAGCUUUAAAAACUCUCGCAGCUUUCUUUUUGUGUUGAACUUUUUUUAAAAGGCACGUCUAGGGAACAAGUGCAUUCCAUUCCAUUCGGCUAUAUUCUACUCCACUCCACUCCUCUGUUGUAGUUCUAGUCUAGUCCAAUCCAAUUCUCUGUUCUGUUCUGUUCCAC